AUGGCGGUAACUGGUACUGGUGUUUUCGAUGGCAUUAUACAGGCUUGGAGAACCUUUCCAAAGGAUGAUAUGCUACGAAAGCUAUCUUAUGAGAACUCAGUUGAAGAACUAACAAGUUUAAAAUUUGAUCUAUUGGGUAGAUGUCAAAGAUAUGAAAAUUUCCCGAAAGGUGACCCUUAUUUUAAGACAUAAACCCAAGGGUAACAGUUCUUGUUCAAGUUUAGAGGAAAGACUGUCAAGUGAUAUUUGUGAGCUGCUUACUUUCCUAGACACUAAAGUAGUUACUACUGUGAUGAUGAAAACAACCUGUUGCCUGGUCUUACCUUUGUGGCUCCUCCAUUAGCAGUAGGGGCUUCCCCUUUACGCGAAAGUGGAUGGUCGGAGUCAAAAGCAAGAUAGCGACCUUUGAAAGUAUGUUCUUGCUAUACAAGGAGAAAGCUGGUCGAGAGAUAACUGAUCUUGUAAACAAAGUAAAAAAUUUAACAGCUACAGUUAUUGAACAAAAGAAAGAGAUAGACCAGUUAAAGUCAGAGAGCCACAAUUGCAAGAAAUGA